GCAGGUCCCGGUGUCUGCGGCAGCUUCCGCAUCCCUGCAGGGAACCAGCGGCUCGCUGAGCCUGGGGCUGGGCUCUGGGGGACUCCAGAGCUGGAGGCAAGUGGCGCUCACAUCCGUCUCCUCACCUGCCCCACCCGUGGCCUGGGUUUAAAAUCCACACACCCGUCUUUCCGCGGCCAAAGUGAUGCUGCCAGGAUUGGUGAUGACCCCAACUGCCCCGACCCCCAGAAGUGCGAAACGAACAGGCUGGCAAGUGACCAAAAGAGACCCGCGGAGCAUCUGGGCUUCCAAGGUCCUCGGUACCGCCCAAGGCAGCGAAGGACGCGCGGCUCCAGGCUGCGGGAGCCAGGGACGACCGGGGGCUCCCAGAGCGCGAAGUCGCGAUCCUCGGCGGUGGAGAGCUCGUGCCAAAACGUCCUCCCCUGCGCCAGUCAGGCCUUCGCGGGGCUGGCAGGCGGGCGGGGGCGGGGCCGCCGCACUUUAAGAGGCUGUGCAGGCAGACAGGCCUCCAGGCCCGCUAGGGGAUCCGCGCCAUGGAGGCCGCCCGGGACUAUGCAGGAGCCCUCAUCAGGCCCCUGACAUUUAUGGGAUCACAGACUAAGCGAGUCCUGCUCACCCCGCUCAUACAUCCAGCUCGCCCUUUCCGGGUCUCCAACCAUGACAGGAGCAGCCGGCGUGGGGUGAUGGCAAGCAGCCUGCAGGAGCUCAUCAGCAAGACUCUGGAUGCCCUCGUCAUCGCCACCGGACUGGUCACUCUGGUGCUGGAGGAAGAUGGCACCGUGGUGGACACAGAAGAGUUCUUUCAGACCUUGGGAGACAACACGCAUUUCAUGAUCUUGGAAAAAGGACAGAAGUGGAUGCCGAUGGAGUCUCUCUCUGUCGCCCAGGCUGGAGUGCAGUGGCGUGAUCUCGGCUCACUGCAACCUCCACCUCCUGGGUUCAAGCGAUUCUCCUGCCUCAGCCUGGGAUUACAGGGCAGCCAGCACGUCCCCACUUGCUCGCCACCGAAGAGGUCGGGAAUAGCGAGAGUCACCUUCGACUUGUACAGGCUGAACCCCAAGGACUUCAUCGGCUGCCUUAACGUGAAGGCCACCAUGUAUGAGAUGUACUCCGUGUCCUACGACAUCCGGUGCACGGGACUCAAGGGCCUGCUGAGGAGUCUGCUGCGGUUCCUGUCCUACUCCGCCCAGGUGACGGGACAGUUUCUCAUCUAUCUGGGCACGUACAUGCUCCGGGUGCUGGAUGACAAGGAAGAGCGGCCAUCCCUCCGGUCACAAGCCAAGGGCCGGUUCACGUGUGGAUAGGGAUGCAGGCUGUCGCCGGCUCUUGAGCCAAACACUGAGUUUCGUUUGGCUCAAUGACGAAUGUUGAAGAUGCUUUUAUGUUCUGAGCCACAUGCACUUGUAGGCCGCUGGUCACGCUGCUUAGGAGCGGUGCCCAGAAAAGGAAAGGGCUUGGUUGUACAUGAAGUGGGGGCAGUGGGCAGUGUGCCCUGGGGGGAGGCAUAGAGGGCCCCGGGGAUCAUGGGAAGCGACCACGCAGCAGGCGUGCCCAGGAGCGUGUGCGUGUGUCAGAGCCAUUUGGUCCAUCAUCUGCAAUAAACCCAUCGCAAGAAUGACCUUCAA